UUUCGCUUUAGCACACGUUGUUUUUUGCUUCUCUCUCUCGUUUUGCAAUGUUUGACGGAGAAGUCACUAGACCCAGUGUUGCCAUUAAAUUUUCUUGCUUGUCAUCCAUAAUCAAGCAUUUUUGCGGUUCCGGCAAAACCUCUGUUAAAUAAUCUACACAUAUUUUCUUGUCCGUUUUUACUUUUAUAUUGAGAUUUAGUGUUAGAAAACGAUGCCACAAUACAAGGUUAAAGUGAAAUGGGGUAAGGAGUCUUACCCCGAUAUUGAAGUGAACACGGAUGAAUCUCCGAUGUUGUUUAAGGCGCAGUUGUUUGCCCUCACUGGAGUGCAACCCGAAAGACAGAAAGUCAUGAUAAAAGGGGUGACGUUGAAAGACGCCGAUUGGGAUAACUUUAAAUUGAAGGAUGGGGUUACUGUGUUAUUAAUGGGGAGUAAGGAAGAAGACGUGCCAAAAGAACCGGUUGAAAAAACCGUUUUUGUGGAAGAUAUGAAUGAGAGCGAACUGGCUACUGCCUUGGAGCUUCCUGCCGGUUUAACAAAUCUAGGAAACACGUGUUACAUGAAUGCCACAGUUCAGUGUUUGAAAUCAGUUCCCGAACUGCGUGAAGCCCUUCAGGCCUAUCAAGGAGACGUGACCGACGCAGGGGGCGUAAUCCCCGCCCAAUCAAUUACGGCAGCAUUGCGCGAUCUUUACUCCUCCAUGGAUAAAGGGAACAACGUGCCCCCCAUAGUCCUCCUCCAAAUGCUCCACUUGGCGUUCCCCAGAUUCGCGGAAAAGAACGAACAUGGCGGUUUUACGCAACAGGACGCUAACGAGUGUUGGACUGAGUUAAUUAGAAUGUUGCAACAGAAAUUGCCGGCGAAACAAAACGGCGGAAACGCUGCAGAAAAGUUUAAGUCGUUGGUUGAUCAAUUUUUUGGGGGGACUUUUGAAGUUGAACUGAAAUGUACGGAAACGGAAGAUGAGCCGGUCACUAAAAAUAAGGAGACGUUUCUGCAGCUGAGUUGUUUUAUUUCGCAAGAUGUGCGCUAUAUGCAUUCAGGCUUGAGAUCGAAAAUGCAGGAGCAAAUAACUAAAAAAUCGUCAACCCUGGACCGGGAUGCCGUUUAUAUUAAAACAUCUAAGAUAAGGAGAUUGCCGGCUUAUCUCACCAUCCAGUUCGUUCGAUUUUACUACAAGGAGAAGGAAUCAAUAAACGCCAAAAUUCUGAAAGAUGUUAAAUUCCCAAUAGAUUUUGACGCUUUCGAUUUAUGUACUCCCGAAUUGCAGGAAAAGUUAGCCCCGAUGAGGGCAAAGUUCAAGGAGUUGGAGGAUGCGCAAGUGGAAGCGGCGUCAAAAGAGAAACAAAAAAGCAUAGGCGACGGUAAAGCAAACGAAGCGGAUAAGAAGUACGCCCCCUAUUGGUUCGAGGAUGAUUUGGGGAGUAACAACAGCGGAUAUUACACCCUUCAGGCUGUGUUGACCCAUCGGGGGCGGUCUUCGUCCAGUGGUCACUACGUGGGGUGGGUGCGCCAGUCUGGCGAUAAGUGGAUAAAGUGCGAUGAUGAUAAUGUUUCGCCUGUGACUACUGAGGAUAUUUUGAAGCUGUCUGGCGGAGGUGAUUGGCACUGCGCUUACGUCCUUUUGUACGGGCCUAGACUUUUAGAAAUCCCCAGCGAAAGUGAGGAAAAAAUGGUGACAGAAAAUUAACUGAGCUUUAAAUUAUGUAAUAAUCUUGUAUAAAACUGAAAAACGUUUCUUAAAAUAAACAAGCGAUUAAUA